UGUUUCUUUUGUUUUGUCAAUUUUAUUAGAAAACUAUUGAAAGAAAAUCAAGAUUGUUGUUGUGAAAUAAUAAUAACUAUUACUGUGGUCGAUCCUCGCUAUUUGCGUUACCGUAAAAUCAGUAACAUUGUUGCAGGAGGCCGGGAACAACAUGGAGCAGGUGCUGCAGCAGGUGGCGCAGACCGUGGAGAAACAGCUGGACAAUGAACUGGAAAGGUUGGAUACAUUGGACAACAGUGACCUGGAGGUGAUCAGACGGCAGCGCAUUGCGGAGAUGAAGCAGCGCGCCAUACAGAAGCAGGAGUGGCUCGCCAUGGGUCACGGAGAAUACUCAGAGCUGUCAGACGAAAAAGAAUUCUUCACUGUAUGCAAUAAGAGUGAGAAUGUGGUAUGCCAUUUCUACCGCGACGACGCGCCGCGCUGCCGCAUCGUCGACAUGCACCUCAGGACGCUGGCCAAGAAACACGUGGAGACAAGAUUCGUGAAGCUCAACGUGGAGAGGGCUCCGUUCCUCACAGGUCGGCUGAAGGUGCGCGUGAUUCCCACGAUUGGGCUGGUGAAGGCCAACAAGACCACGGACUUCAUCGUGGGCUUCACAGAGCUGGGCAACAGGGACGACUUCACCACGGACCUGCUCGAGUGGAGGAUCGCCAGGUCCCAAGUGAUCGAAUAUUCGGGGGACCUGACGCUGCCGCCCGCCGAGGCCAAGAAACAGCGCGCCCUGCACAUACAGAGCAAGAAGACCAUCCGUGGCCGGAAGGACUCCGACUCGGACCUCGACAGCGACUAACACCGCCCCUUUCACACGGCAGUCCAGUUUUUGCAGGAUCCCGUUUUCUGCAGGAUCCCGUUUGACGGCGAAUGUGUUUAUAUGCUAGCGUUCACACGAGCAUCCCGCAUGCGGGAUCCUGCAAUAAACCGAUCCGGUCGAAUUGAGCCAUUCAGUUUUGUAAUUAGAAACUGGAUCCGUAGUCCAGUAAAAAGCGCGAUCCCGUUUAAUCACACAUAUAUUUCAAUAGCAGUAUUCACACGGCUUCCUGCGUGCGGUAUUUUGCUGGACACUGUUUUUUUUGGGAUAGUGCAGCCCCCGCUACCCAGCGUGCGUACCCAGAUAACCGGCGUAAGGAUGGUCAUAAAACAGGAUGCAACAGUGUUCACACGGCAGUCCAGCUUUUUACUGGAUCCUGCAAAACUGAACUGUCGUGAAUAACAGCGUCCUGUUUUGCAGGAUAUAGUAAAAGCCGGUCCUGCAAAACUGGACUGCCGUGUGAAAGGAGUAACACAAUUAGUCACAAACUAGCUUAUGUCACAGUUAUGAGCCCGGCUUCGUCCGCGUGGCACGCGACAACCCCCUGUUUUACCAUUUGAAAACCCUAGUAUACAAUUUGGGUUGAAUUUUCAAAAACCCUUUCAUAUCAGAUUUCUACUUCAUAAUAUCUGCAUGCAAAAUUUCAUCCCGAUCCGUCCAGUAGUUGAGCUGUGCGUUGAUGGAUCAGUCAGUUAGUCACCUUUUGCUUUUAAAGUUUAUUUAGAAAGAUAAAUAAAUAAGUCCUAAUCAAAAACCAGUCAAGUGUG